AUGUUCCAUUCUGCGAACCUUGUGCGAUGCGACAGCUUCUUCGAGACCAUUCGGUGGACUUUACACGCUUGGUGGCACGGAUAUCAUAUACCGACAGACUGGGCUACAUGGACCUCCACUCAGGACACCACCAUUCCAGUACUCGAAGAACUUCAGAUUACUGCGAAGCGCUGGUCCCUAUUGGCCCCAUUCUUCGCUUCGCGUGGUUACCACCUCUAUGUACCAAAUGGGCGCCAUCCCCGGGAAACAAUUCCCCCAUCCUCGUUCAAACUACCGAACCAGAUGGGCGAAUCCUAUCCCUAUGGGCGGCGUAAAUGUGCAAGCGAGAAUGGAUUCAUGUUUUCGGGUAUUCAGCUGCCGCGUUUGGGCAGCGCGCGACAGGGCAGGAAGAGAAGUGGUAAUCAAGAUGGUCUCCAAUUCAGAGAGAGAAACCGACGAGCUAAGGAUAUACCAAAGGCUCAACACGCCGAAAGCGAGGGCAGACCCUCGCAACCGGACACUACCGGUCCUCGAGUAUAUCACCUACAAUGGACUCGUUUUGUGGUGACUCCUCGCAACAACUUCCGAAGAUGGGGAUACUCCUUCGUUGGCCUCCCUUUUACGACGGCAGAACAGUUGUUCAUCCUCGCCGAUCAGCUCCUGGAGGGGCUAGUCUUUCUCCACGAGAAGCGGAUUGCGCAUCGCGACAUUGCGCCCCAAAAUACGGUCCUCAACUCUCUGUUUGAACGCGGGACUAGACACGACCCCAACGACAUUCGAGGCCCGUCUAAUGCUCGAUACGCUUUUAUUGAUUUUGAUGCCUCUUCCAUAUUUCCAAUGGAAACGGAUAUCCAAACCGUCGUCCAAGAUAGGGAGAUGAGGAUCGGAGCCCAUAUUCUGGAUCUGGAAGAGGGCAAAUCAAAUCCCUUUACUGACGACGUGCUCAUUUUAGUUGACACAUUGCAGUAUCCCGUCCGUGUCCUCGAAAGAGCCAUACCAGAGAUUGGGCCUUUCUUCGACGAGAUCUUGAAGAACAAAGCCGGCCCCAACUUCCGAAUUACGGCUGUGUCCGUCCUUGAAGAGCUUCGAAGAAUACGGUCAAAACUGACUCAGGAGCAACUGAACCAACUUCCAGAAGGCCGCCUAUGGCAGGACGGUGCGAUCAGCUAUUAG